ACAGCCAAUAGAUGCUGUUGUUGAGUUGGGCUGGGAUUAGCAGAGGCGAAUGAGUUUCAAUUUUAAUGGAUUAGCUACAGAACAAAGAAAGCGGACACACUCCACUGUUAAAGGAAAUAGAAAAAACAGGGGAAAUUGAAAAAUAAUCUCGGCGAUAACGUUUUGCUAGCGAAUUUUGUGCAAUAAUGAUUCAGAUUACAAGGUUUCGAAAACCCGAUAUUAAUGCUAGAUUUUAGAUGGGAAUUCUACCCAACAGUUUCGGUUGGAUUAAACGGGGAAUAACCAUAUUCCGGGAUUGACACAGUAAAACAAUUUAAACGUUGAUGUUGGUAAGAAGAGGAAUGGCACAGAUGAGGAAGUCGGGAUGUGACGGGAUAAGGACUAACUCCCGGGCUGAGCUGCGGGUCCCACAAAUGUCGGCGAGACAAGAGAUCCUCACCAGCCUAGUGUCUGCGCUGGAAUCAGUGUGUACGGCCAUGUCGAAGCUUAACGCCGAAGUGGCUUGCAUCACCGUGCACGAGGACAGCGUGAUCGCCGUGGGAACAGAGAAGGGAAGAGCCUUCCUCAAUUCACAGAUGGAAAUACAAACAGACUUCCACAAGUUUUGCAGGGUGCCCUGUCUACAAGGGCUGACCACAGUGAAUGCCCAUGCCAAAGUCCAGGAGAGUGAAUCCAGCAAGCUUGGCAAAGAGGGCGGGCACGGCAAACAAAGGGCGUCAACAGAUGCCCACUCUAACAUCUUUGUCUUGAGGAAAAUGGUGGAGGAAGUCUUCAGUGUGCUUUACAGUGAGGCUGUUGGGAAGAGCAACAGCCUGGUCCCUGUGCCUUAUGAGUGGAUCCUGAAGGACCCCAGCUGUGUGGUGGCUCACGGCCUGCCUGAGGGGAUCACCCUGAGGAAACCUGCUGAGUAUAACACCAAGACCUUAAUGAAGAUCCUGGAGCAGAGCAACCGCAUCUACUUCACUGUCAAAAGAGGAACAGAGGAGCCCUUGCGCGAGGCUAAGUCCAGUGCCGGCAACGUCAGCAACCACAACUCCUCCUCGGGCACCACCAAGAUUCUAGCCAACCACGGCCCAGCCUCCAAGCCUUCCGCCAUCGCCCAGGAAGCGCCCACUGCGUCAGUCUCGGCCAGCAACUCCAUGCUCUCCAGCUUCCUGUAUGCCAUGCCCAUGUCCUCCCAGCCGCACCCCGACGGCAAGCUGGACCUCAAGCCCACGACCCUCCUCAACCUGGACAAAGACCGGCUGGGGGCCUGGGUGGCAGGGGCGGAGAAAGGGACUGCCGCCAAGGACAGUUCUGACAAUGGACUCCAAGGGGAGUUGGGCCAGAGCCCUCCCAGCAUCCACGUCUCCAAGCGCCUCCUGUUUUCCAUCGUACAUGAGAAGUCAGAAAAAUGGGACUCGUUCAUUCGAGAGACUGAGGACAUCAACACGCUGAGAGAAUGUGUACAGAUCCUGUUCAACAGUCGUUAUGCGGAGGCCCUGGGCUUGGACCACAUGGUUCCAGUGCCGUACCGGAAGAUAGCCUGCGACCCAGAGGCCGUGGAGAUCAUUGGCAUCCCAGACAAAAUCCCCUUCAAGAGGCCCUGUACCUACGGAGUACCCAAACUCAAAUGCAUCCUGGAGGAGCGCCACGGGGUCCGCUUUCUAGUCAAAAGAAUGUUUGACGAAAGGAUUUUCACAGCGGCUGGUAAGGUGGCCAAGGAGGAGGGGAAGCACGACAUUAACUCCACCUUUGAGGACGGUUUCCCUGACAGCCUCCGCAUCCCGUCGGCUGCACUGGAGCUGGUCACCAAUCCUCACAGCAGCAGAUCCACAAGCUCUUGUGUGAGUCUAUUGGCUGAAUGUGAAGCAGGGCCUUCAGGAGAUUGUAUUCCCUUGAAAAAGAUUAAAACGGAGCCCCCAGAUGGAGAAAUCAUCCAGGUGACUGUACCAGAUGCCAGUGUUUCAGUGGAGGAGCGGAGUGAGCCUCAGGCUGACCCGGCUGCAGCAGCAGUGUUGGCGGUGGCCACCCUGGCGCAGGCUGCUCCCCACCGCCCCUUGGAGACCCACGCAGCUGAAGCACUGUCAUCUAAACCAGCUUCGCUGGGCCUCAGAAGAUCUUCUGAAGGAAAUCUAGCUGAGGACAUAGGUGAAAUUAUCCUCCAGCUUCGGAGGCAAGUGGAAAGCCUAUUCAGCACUAAGUAUGCCGAGGCCCUUGGACUACCUGAGUCUGCGAAGGUGCCCUAUUCCAAGUUUCAGAUGUACCCAGACGAGCUGUGUGUCACAGGGCUACCGGAGGGCAUGACUUUCCGUAGGCCCAACUGUUUCGGAGCGGCCAAGCUGCGCAAGAUCCUGGCCGUUGGCAGCCAGAUCCAGUUUGUUAUCAAAAGGCCAGAACUGUUAACGGAUCAAGUCAAGCUAGAACCGCCUCCUCUCCCAUCCUGUGAUUCAGACUUUUUUUCCACAGACCUGGACUCCAAAGAUGCUUUGACUGAAGAUGUAGGGGCUGCAUUGCAGAGACCAAGCUUCCCAGAUAGCUUAGAGGCCAAGCUGUCUAGGAUCGACCUGGCCAACACCCUGAGAGAGCAGGUCCAGGACCUGUUCAACAGGAGGUAUGGGGAGGCACUUGGCAUCAAAUACCCCGUCCAAGUGCCUUACAAGAGGAUCAAGAGCAACCCGGGCUCGGUGAUCAUCGAGGGCCUGCCCCCUGGCAUCCCCUUCAGAAAACCCUGUACCUUUGGCUCGCAGAACCUGGAGAGGAUCCUGGCGGUUGCUGACAAGAUCUGCUUCACAAUCACCAGACCUUUCCAAGGACUCAUUCCUAAACCAGCACCUCGUCGGAUCACUUUAUUGAAGAAGGCCUACGCCUCAAUAAGUGAUGAGGAGGAGGUCAACCGCAUCGGUGAGAAAGUGAUCCUUCGCGAGCAAGUGAAAGAACUCUUCAACCAGAAAUAUGGUGACGCUUUGGGCCUGGACUGCUCUGUCCUGGUCCCAUACAAGGUGAUCCGUGCCAGUCCCGACUCUGUGGAGGUUAGUGGCCUUCCGGACGAUAUUCCCUUCCGAAAUCCCAACACUUACGACAUAGUCCGCCUAGAAAAAAUCCUUCAAGCCCGAGAUGAGAUCAACAUCAACAUCAAAAGCCAGCUACAGCCUUUUGCAGAAAUAUGCACCCAAACAUGUAACACAGAAAAGAGAGAAGUUUCUACCAAUCGACGCAAACGCAAAAGAGUCCUGGAGAGCAGCCGAGUGUCCUUACCCUCUGAGUCAGGGGUAUCAACCAAUCAGAUUCCAGUGAUGCAAUGGCCCAUGUACAUGGUGGACUACAGUGGAGUGAAUGUGCAAGUCCAUGGGAAGGUGAAAUACUAGAAAAGGAAGAAUAUGCUACAGGAUAGAAAUGAGAGGACUUUAUCAAAGCUGUACUUAUAACCACAUCUCCAAGUUUCAGUUUUGCCUGUGUGCUGUUGCUUAAAUACUCUUCUGACUGAAAAUAUAGGUUUGGAUGUGUGUUUUUGAAUGGUGGCGAUUGCUGAUAUUACAUGGCUUGGGUGGAAAGGUGAGGAGGAACUAUAGAAUCUGUGCACAAGUUGUUGCAGGAUGCUUUCUUUUCUUUUGUCUUCCCCCACAAGUACCGAUGGGGCUUUCUUGAUACACCGAUUUCAAAAGUGCUAAAAAAACAAACACUAUUCUAACCGACUGGGGUUAUGUUAUGGCACUAAGCUUAUGGAACUAACAAUUACUGAAGUCCUCACCCUUUUAGAGAAUUUUUGUUAGAUCCAACAUGGAGACUUUCGUUAUGGGGUGUAACUAUGGCACAAAUGUCAAUCUGGUUUUACAACAUUCUGAUAUUUGUAUGAUUAUUUAUUUAUUUAUUUAUUUUGAAGAUUUAAAAAACCCAUCAUGUGCAGGGAUGUAAAUUACAAUGUUCAGUAAUCUAAGUACUGAAUCAAAUGUCUCUACAACACUAACUACUACUGUAUGUAACUCAAAAAGUAUAUAAACUGAAAUAUGUUUGCCUUCAGGUGUGCGUACCGGUAUUCUCUGUGGUAGGAAUAACCCAAGGUGAUAGCACUAUAUCGAAGAAAAAUGUUCAUAUUUUGUAUAACUCUACGUGGCUUUUCUUUUAUCACUGUACUUGUACAUGGAGUUGAGUUUUCUCAACUAGGCUUUUCUUAUGUUUGUAGCACAUCUGCGCUAAGUUGAAAUGUCUCAUUAAGUCAACAUGAAUGUAACGUGUGUAAAAGAAAGAAUGGUCUGUGUUAUCCUGUAGCAACUGUCUCUGGAUUCACCAGUAUUUAUAUACUGUACCUUAAUGCCAUUUAGGCCUUUGAAAUAAAAUGUGUUGCCUUGCACUUUCA